AGCUAAAACUAAAGAUCUAUAGCAGUGUGGCAAAACAUCAUCUGUCUAUUUCACUCUUCAUCUUGUCUUUCUCUUAGACGAGGGUUUAUUUAUUUUUUUCUUUUUUCUUUUUUUUCUUUUUUCCUUCCUUAAUUUUCCUUUCUUGAAAAUCAUCCCCCCCUUUUUUUUCCCUAAAUAUAAUCUGUGUUUUAUAUCUCCUGUAUAUGUGCAUUAAAUUAAUUUCAUAGGAGAUGAUGCAACAGAGGCUGAAGCAGCAACAAGCAUUGAUGCAGCAAUCCCUUUUUCAUCCCGCUCUUCUUGCACCACCUCAGAUAGAGCCUAUCUUGAGUGGAAAUUUGCCUCGUGGAUUUGAUUCAAGUACUUGCCGCAGUGUGUACGUUGGAAACAUCCACCCCCAAGUAACGGAACCACUUCUUCAAGAGGUCUUCUCAAGUAUUGGCCCCCUUGAGGGAUGCAAACUCAUAAAAAAGGAAAAGUCAUCCUAUGGUUUUGUGGAUUACUUUGAUCGCCGAUCAGCAGCCCUUGCUAUUGUGACUCUUAAUGGAAGACAUUUGUUUGGACAGCCUAUAAAAGUUAACUGGGCAUAUACUAGUUCUCAGAGAGAGGAUACCUCAAGUAACUUUAACAUUUUUGUGGGUGAUCUCAGUCCAGAGGUUACAGAUGCCACAUUGUAUGCAUGCUUUUCAGUCUACCCUAGCUGCUCAGAUGCAAAGGUUAUGUGGGAUCAAAAAUCAGGCCGUUCAAGGGGAUUUGGAUUUGUUUCCUUCCGUAAUCAGCAGGAGGCGCAAAGUGCAAUUAAUGACUUGAAUGGGAAAUGGUUAGGAAGCAGACAAAUCCGCUGCAACUGGGCAACAAAAGGUGCUGGAGGAAUUGAUGACAAGCAGAGUUCAGAUGCGAAAAGUGUUGUUGAGUUGGCAAGUGGAACAUCAGAUGAUGGUCGUGACAAGGCCAAUGAAGAUGCUCCAGAAAAUAGUCCUCAGUAUACAACUGUUUAUGUUGGCAACCUUUCUCCUGAAGUUACUUUAGUUGACCUCCAUCGUCAUUUUCAUGCUCUUGGAGCUGGCGUUAUUGAGGAUGUCCGUAUUCAACGAGACAAAGGUUUUGGUUUUGUAAGAUACAGCACCCAUGCUGAAGCUGCUCAAGCUAUUCAGUUGGGAAAUGCCCAAUUCCUUUUUGGUAAACCUAUUAAGUGCUCAUGGGGAAGCAAGCCUACUCUGCCAGGAGCCAGUUCUACCCCUCUUCCUCCUCCAUCUGUGGGACACGUCCCUGGUAUUUCAGUGACUGAUCUUGCAGCCUAUGAGCGGCAGCUUGCUUUGGCUAGGAUGGGUGGUUCACAGGCUCUCAUGCAUUCUCAGGCUCUAAUGCAUUCCCAAGGUCAGCAAAUUGGUGCUGCUAGUCAAGCAAUUUACGAUGGUGGUUAUGGAAGCAUUGCUGCUACAACUCAACCACCAAUGUUCUACUAGUGCAUAACAACACCUGCAGCUGCUUCGCCAGCUUUGUUUUAUAGGAUGCUUUUUUUUUCCGCGUUAGUAUUGUGUCCCAAGUAUGUAUGAAUAUGUAGCUUGUAUUUUGUCUGACAGCUAAUCCAAUAGCAGUUCAUUGGAUGAGCAGCUUCUCUUUUUUUCCCCAAGGAGAUCUGGAAAGUUCUAUGAAAUGUUUUAAAGGAUAUCUUCCACUCUGAAUCAUGCUGAUUAUAUGCA